AUGACGGAGAGGAAGAAGUCGAUGAUCGAACGCGAUGACCCGAUGGCGGUGGAGACGAUGCGUAUAAUCGGCACUCUACGCGAUGUGCAGCCCCUUCUGGCCGAUUUCCUCAAGGCCUCGCAGAAGUACACCCAGCAGCUCGCCGCUGCGGUGUCGGCCGGUGGGGCCAUGCUCGAGGCGCUGUCAAAGCUGUCCGAGCACCAAGGGGGCGAUUUGGGCGAGGGGGUGAAGCAUCUGUUCGAGGUCCAGAAGUCGUUGGAGGAACACCGCCAUCAAGUGGUGCAGGCCUGGAACGAUCAGAUCCAAGCCGAUCUCACCAAUCGACUCCCCACUGACAAGAACGAAGUCGCUACGUGGGAGAAGAACUACAAGACCAAGCGAGCCAACUCGGUCAAGGCGCUCAAGAAGGCCGAAGCGAAUCAGCAGAAAUGCAACAAGCCGAAGCCCAAGGCCAAGGCGCCCGAGAAGGCCGAGGAAUCGGAUCGUCAGCUCGAGCAGGUCACGGCCGAACACGACAUCCUCCUCCGCGAGGAGCUCCGCGAUGCGGUGCGGCUCGAGCGCAGGAAGCUCUGUCGCUUCAUCCAGCAAUUCGGCUUCCUCAUGGACGUACAGGCCAACAUGGCCCAGGCCGAUCUCGUCGCCAUCGACAACUGUCGAUCGGCCCUCGGCAAUCUGGGCGAAUCGGAGGGGCUCAUCACCGGCCGGGCUCGCAUCCUGCUCAACGACGAGGGCACCGCCCCGCCCGCCUUCGUCGCCCCCGCCCAGAACGCCUUCAUGCCCCCCAUUCUCUCCACGUCGGACAGCUCGACCACCACCCUGAGCUCAGGUCCCUCGCGCGGCACCCUUAGCUCGCGCAACAGCAACAUCCUUAACCUGCCCGCCAGCAUCGCGCCACCCGAGGUACAGUACGCCGACUUCGACCCGCUGGCCUCGACCGCGGCGAUGAUGGGCGGCGCGAGCCCCUCGUACGAUGAUCUCUGGGAUCUGGUCAACGGCGGAGUCGCCGCGGCCGCGGGUCACCUCUACAGCGACGCGCCGCCUGCCGACGCCGACAUCGCCGCCGCUCUGCGCGACAUCGACGAACUCGCCAUCAACCUGUAG